UUGGCACUCAAACUUUCUGUAGCAGAGCAACGACAAGAGCGAAUAUAUCUGGAGAGGGAAUCUAAGAGUUUCUCUCUAACCGACAAAAGGAUUUCCUCAUAUCAAGUUUACAUUCGUUUGGAUCUUGGCUACUUUUUUUUGGGGAAAGAUAAUGUAUACCACUUUCAACACGGAGUGCGAUUCGUCCUCACGCUGUAGCACCGCUUCCCCGUCCGGGGACACUGUGGGGUACCACCCUUCCCCUGCAGGAUCUUACUCCAGCAUGGGAUCUCCCCAGUCUCAGGAUUUCACUGACCUGACAGCAUCAAGUGCCUCCUUCAUCCCCACUGUCACAGCUAUUUCGACAAGCCCAGAUCUGCAGUGGAUGGUCCAGCCUUUGAUCUCCUCGGUGGCCCCUUCUCACAGAGAUCUCUCCUACAGCUCCAGACCCAGUCCUGCAUACUCAAGACCAGGCAUGAGAUCUGCAUCACAGACUCAUAAUCCUAACAAGAGGGGAAGAAUGGAACAGGUGACACCUGAGGAGGAUGAGAAGAAAAGAGUUCGCAGAGAGAGAAAUAAGCAGGCAGCAGCAAAAUGCCGCAACAGGAGGAGAGAGCUUACAGACACACUGCAAGCUGAAACUGAUGAUCUCGAGGAUGAAAAGUCCAUCCUGCAGAACGAUAUUGCUAAUCUUCUGAAGGAGAAGGAAAGGCUUGAGUUCAUCCUGGCUGCCCAUCAACCCAUUUGCAAAAUCCCCUCAGACCUGGAUACAGACUUCUCCAUGGUCACCAUUACUGCUGCCCACCCCUACCUCUCCAACACUGUGACCUCCCAGCCACAGACUGCCAUCCCAAAGGCAAACACUAUCACUUCCAGCCAGCCAACCUUCACCUCAACCUCCAACUCCAUCUUCUCCAGCAGUGCCGUCCUUUCCACCGCCACCAUCUCCAGCAGCACGGUCAAGAUGACAGACCUGGACUCCUCCGUCCUGGAGGAGUCUCUGGAUCUGCUGGCAAAGACGGAGAUGGAGACGGCGCGGUCGGUGCCAGAGGUCGACCUGUCCAACUCUCUCUACACAACUCAGGACUGGGAGCCCCUUCACGCCUCAGCCAAUAACAGUGACUUUGAGCCCCUGUGCACACCUGUGGUGACAUGCACACCUGCCUGUACUACCUACACGUCUUCUUUUGUGUUUACCUUCCCAGAGGCGGAGACCUUCCCCACUUGUGGCGUCGCCCACAGGAGAGGAAGCAGCAGCAAUGACCAGUCCUCUGAUUCUCUCAGCUCCCCAACCCUACUGGCCCUUUAAAGACUCUUCCAAAAAACACUAGUACUUCCUAUAAAGCACAUGUUCUAUCAGAUGUGCAAAUACCAGGGCUAUGGAAUGGACUUUUACCAGGAAGCGAAUUAUCUUAGAUUUUUUUUGCCUUUAUCUAUACUUGCCUAUUACACCGAUGUAGCAAGUUAAAAAGCAUGUUUCAACCUAUACCACCUAGUCGUUUUAUGAGUUAAUAUAUGAUUUUAUGGUGCUAUAAAUAACAAAACUUGUUGUAGUGUUGAUGUGUGUUCAGAGCAAUAGUUAUUAUUGAUCCAGUUUGUUUUCUGGUUGAUGGAAUGUGAAAGUAAUUGUGAACUGUCUGUGAAAAACUUAAAAACUGACGUGCUUUGUCGUCCUAACCAUGAUGGUCUGAGUGGUCUAUCUUGAAGUUUUCUGUGAAAACAUUAGUGGUGUUAAUUUAUGAAAUCUCAAUUUAUUUUUUUACAGAGAGAGUAAAGAUGAAUGUUGUUUGUAAGAUAUGCAAAUAAAAGAUAGUGAUAUUUAAAUUUUA